GCUCGUGCGCUCACGAGGGGCAAGACGCUCACCCGCCCCGACCGCUUUGUCGCGCCGGCGCCCCUCAUCGCGCCCGCCGGCCUCGGCAAGCAGGGCAAGCAGGGCGGCAACGUCCAGACGACCCUCGUCGACGGCGUCCCGACCCUCGUCACCAAGGAGCCGUGGUACAGCCCGUGGAGCCUGUUCGUCGAGGUGUCGACUUUUUGGGCGCCGAGGGCCCUCCUGCGCAACUUUGGCAUGACCGACCCGACCAAGCAGCGCGCGUGGAAGGAAAAGGUCGCCCUGUGCCAGAUCUGCGCCUUCCUCAUGGGCGUCAUCGGCUUCAUCACGAUGGGCCUGCAGCGCACCCUGUGCCCGCAGACCGGCCACAACUCGGUCGGCCACUUCCAGCGCCUCGGCACGACGCCCGGCUACAUCGGCAUCGACGGCUGGAACAUGCAGGUCGGCGCCUCGACGCCGCCGAGCCUGUCGGGCCCGGCCAACUCGUUCGGCGGGACCGACGAGACGGGCCUGUUCGACCGGAGCGACGACAAGUUCCCGACGUGCGACGGCCUCAAGCAGCCGUUCGCGACCGUCAACCUGUGCAUCUCGGACUCGGUCGGCAACGCGACGUCGUGCGCGCUCAAGGCGCCGACCGACAAGUACCUGUCGUCGCUCGGCCUCACCAACACGACCAAGCAGGUCGGGUACGACUGGGCCCAGCUGUCGAACCUCACCAACUACGUCGUCAUCGACGGCAACGUCCUCAACCUCACGCCCUACAUGAACGCGCACCCGACGCCGCUCGUCAACGACUCGGUCGACGCCCUGUUGCGCACGGUCCUCGCCGACGGCUCGGGCAGCAGCCGCGACGCGACCCGGGCCUUCUACAACACGGACGAGUUCAAGCAGGCGGCAAAGUGCCUCGAGCAGCGGUACUACGCCGGCCACAUCGACAAGGUCACGCCGGGCUGCUUCAUCGCCAACCUGUUCCUCUACGUGUCGCUCAUCCUCAUCAUGGGCAUCAUCCUCGCGCGCUUCUUCAUGGCGCUCGUCUUCUCGUGGUACCUCGCCGACCGCAUGGUCCAGAAGCCCCGCAACCUCAAGCGCGCCGUCGUGUCGCCCGCCGUCCUGCCCGAGGGCGCCAACAUCGACGUCGCCAACUCGACCGGCGCCGCCCCGUGGACCGAGGCGCACGUCAAGCGCCAGCAGACGCAGCGCCUGCGCAAGGGCCCCAAGCGCGGCGCCGCCUCGUCGUCCGAGAAGACGCUCGGGCCCGCCGCCGCCGCCGCCGCCCCGAGGCCGACCCGCAAGCUGAGCGAGAAGGGCGGCGCCGCAGGAGGCGACCUCGGCGCACCGCUCGGGCCCGACGGCAUGAUCAGCCUGGCGUCGAUCGGCGCCGAGCUGUUCGCCGUGUGCCUCGUCACGUGCUACUCGGAGGGCCACGACGGCAUCAAGACGACGCUCGACUCGAUCGCGGGCACCAACUACUCGGACGCGCGCAAGCUACUGUUUGUCGUGUGCGACGGCAUGAUCACGGGCUCGGGCGAGAAGCUCAGCACGCCCGACAUCGUCGUGAGCCUCAUCGAGCGCGACCCGCGGUUCGGCGACCCGGUCCCGAUGAGCUAUGUCGCCGUCGCCGACGGCGCCAAGGCGCACAACCAAGCCAUGGUCUACGCCGGCCACUACACUCAAGUCGCCGGCCACCGCACGCCCAUCAUCGUCGUCGUCAAGUGCGGCACGUCGGCCGAGGCGACCGAGGCCAAGCCGGGCAACCGCGGCAAGCGCGACUCGCAGAUGAUCCUCAUGAACUUCUUCGGCCGCGUGACGUACAACGACCGCAUGUGCCCGCUCGACUUUGACCUGUUCCGCAAGACUCAGAGCCUCAUGGGCGUCACGCCCGACUUUUUCGAGGUCUGCCUCAUGGUCGACGCCGACACGAUGUGCUACCCCGAGUCGCUCGGGUACCUCGUGCGCACGAUGCAGAACGACAACAUGAUCAUGGGCGUGUGCGGCGAGACGAGGAUCGCCAACAAGCGCCAGAGCUGGGUCACCAUGAUCCAGGUCUUCGAGUACUUCAUCUCGCACCACCAGGCCAAGGCGUUCGAGUCGGUCUUUGGCGGCGUCACGUGCCUGCCCGGGUGCUUCUCGAUGUACCGCAUCAAGGCGCGCAAGCAGGACGACGGCGACUGGUUCCCGGUCCUCGUAUCGCCGACCAUCACGUCCGAGUACUCGCAGAGCGUCGUCACGACCCUCCACCAGAAGAACCUCCUCCUCCUCGGCGAGGACCGGUUCCUGUCGACGAUCCUCCUGCGGUCGUUCCCGAACCGCAAGAUGAUGUUCUGCCCCAAGGCCCGGUGCCGCACCGUCGUUCCCGACACGUUCGCCAUCCUCCUGUCGCAGCGCCGGCGGUGGAUCAACUCGACCAUCCACAACCUCAUGGAGCUCGUCCUCGUGCGCAACCUGUGCGGCACGUUCUGCUUCUCGAUGCAGUUCGUCACCUUUAUCGACCUCAUCGGCACCGUCGUCCUCCCGAUCGCCAUCUGCCUCACGUACGCCCUCAUCAUCAACACGAUCAUCAACCCGCCGAGCUCGUUCGGCGACGCGAUCCCGCUCAUCCUCCUCGUCGGCGUCCUCGGCCUGCCCGCCGUCCUCGUCAUCCUGUCGACCCUCAAGUUCGUCUACGUCGGGUGGAUGCUCAUCUACCUCGUCGCCCUCCCCGUGUGGAACAUGGUCCUCCCGCUGUACGCCUUCAGCCGGUUCGACGACUUUAGCUGGGGCGAGACGCGCAAGGUCGCCGGCGAGGUCAAGGGCGGCGACGACCACGGUGCC